CCCGCUCCACACCCACACCUCACCUCAACUCACCUCACGACGUCUCCUCACUCCACGCGGGAAGAGGCAGCGCACCUCGCUCUCCUCCUCCCCUACACACCCACACCCACACCCACACCCGCUCGCCCUUUCCAUUUUCGUCUACCUGUCUCCCGAGACCCCUGCGCCUUCUUCCAAAGCUCUGAUCUCCUGUUCGUCCUUCGAAUUCGACAAUCUAUCUCUCUUCUCUCGCGCGGUCGUCGGCGGUCGACCGGCUCCGUCCAUCGAUCCUAGCUGCCUGCCAGGGCGAUCGUCGUCUAGCUCGGUGGUGGUGGUGGUUGCACCGACGACCGGGGUCGUCGUCCCGUACGUGUGCUCGCGUCCGCCAUGGCUCGCGGCGACGGCGAGCUGGAGCUGUCGGUGGGGGUCCGCGGCGCCGGCGGCGGGGCCGCGGCGGCGGACCACGUGGCGCCGAUCAGCCUCGGCAGGCUCAUCCUCGCCGGCAUGGUCGCCGGCGGCGUGCAGUACGGCUGGGCGCUGCAGCUCUCCCUCCUGACGCCCUACGUGCAGACUCUGGGGCUUUCACAUGCCCUCACUUCAUUCAUGUGGCUAUGCGGUCCUAUUGCUGGCUUAGUGGUUCAACCGUUGGUUGGCCUGUACAGUGAUAGGUGUACAGCAAGAUGGGGAAGACGGAGGCCAUUCAUUCUGACAGGAUGUGUGCUCAUCUGCAUUGCUGUCAUUGUUGUUGGCUUUUCGUCAGACAUCGGAGCUGCGCUAGGGGACACAAAGGAACAUUGCAGUCUCUAUCAUGGUCCUCGCUGGCAUGCUGCAAUUGUAUAUGUUCUGGGGUUUUGGCUCCUUGACUUCUCCAACAAUACUGUGCAAGGUCCAGCACGUGCUAUGAUGGCUGAUUUGUGCGGUCAUCAUGGGCCUAGUGCAGCUAAUUCAAUCUUCUGUUCUUGGAUGGCGCUGGGAAACAUCCUAGGUUAUUCCUCUGGUUCCACAAACAAUUGGCACAAGUGGUUUCCCUUCCUCAAAACAAAUGCCUGUUGUGAAGCCUGUGCAAACCUGAAAGGUGCAUUUCUGGUGGCUGUGGUGUUCCUAGUCAUAUGCUUGGCUAUAACCCUCGUCUUCGCCAAGGAAGUACCAUACAGAGGAAACGAGAACCUCCCAACAAAAGCAAACGGCGAGGUUGAAGCUGAACCUACCGGGCCACUUGCUGUGCUCAAGGGCUUCAAGAACUUGCCCCGCGGGAUGCCAUCCGUUCUUCUCGUAACUGGCCUCACCUGGCUCUCGUGGUUCCCGUUCAUCCUCUACGACACCGACUGGAUGGGCCGUGAGAUCUACCACGGCGACCCAAAGGGCACCAAUGCUCAGAUCUCGGCAUUCAACGAAGGUGUCAGAAUAGGCGCAUUCGGGCUGCUUCUCAACUCGAUUGUUCUAGGAUUCAGCUCGUUCCUGAUCGAGCCCAUGUGCCGGAAGGUCGGGCCGAGGGUUGUGUGGGUGACGAGCAACUUCAUGGUGUGCAUCGCCAUGGCGGCCACCGCGCUGAUCAGCUUCUGGUCGCUCAAGGACUACCACGGAUACGUGCAGAACGCCAUCACCGCCAGCACGAGCAUCAAGGCCGUCUGCCUCGUCCUCUUCGCCUUCCUGGGUGUCCCUCUCGCCAUCCUGUACAGCGUCCCGUUCGCGGUGACGGCGCAGCUAGCGGCCAGCAUGGGCGGCGGGCAGGGGCUGUGCACCGGCGUCCUCAACAUCUCCAUCGUUAUCCCCCAGGUGAUCAUCGCGGUGGGCGCAGGCCCGUGGGACGCGCUGUUCGGCAAGGGCAACAUCCCGGCGUUCGGCGUGGCGUCGGGGUUCGCCCUCAUCGGCGGCGUCGUGGGCAUGUUCCUGCUGCCCAGGAUCUCCAAGCGCCAGUUCAGGGCCGUCAGCGCGGGCGGCCACUGAUCGAGCACGGCCCGGCCCGCCGGAGCACGGCACGGCGACACAAACCCAACCGUGCAAGAUCGAGCUGUAUGUUGAAAGUUGAACAGAAUAAGAAGCAGGCGAAACGAGAAACCAUUGUGUGCUUUUGUUGUGUGUGGUUGAUAGGCGUGGCGAGGUGGAGUGGAGGUGAAGCCGUGAAGGUGAGCAUCCAGCACCAGCUGGUUACCAAGGUCUGGUCAGGUCUCUGUGCUAGUGCUAUUAGCUAGUGUAUAAGGAGCGAGUAGGUCAGUUAAGGCUGGUGCGUUGUGAGUGCUCCUGUAAUCUUUGUGUCCCUGUCUUGUGUGUGUAGCUACAGCAGACCGAUCAUCAGGAGAAGAACAAAAGGAUUAUUCGAUCAAUCAAUGUGCAGUAUAGUAUAGUACAGCUAGACGAUCGAUGAUGUUGAUGAUUGGUCUAGAGCUAGAGCCUACUGCUACUACUCCUACUGUGUAUUGUCCGCCGUUUGAGAUUUUUGGUCCCAGCAAUGCAACCGCCUUGUUUU